UGUCUCACAGAUAAAACGUCAACGUCCGAGUUGAAAGGGGAAAGGUCGUCUGAAACAUGGCUGCUCCCCUGGAUGACAUGUUUUCCUUCUGCGUGGACCCCGGCAAAGUGUCUAGCUGUGUGGAAGUCAGAUUUAUCGACAAUGUCAAGGGCAAGGGUCUCUUUGCCAAAAGGAGCAUGAAGAAGGGAGAAACCAUUUUCAUUGAGCGGCCUCUCGUCUCUGCCCAAUUCCUGUGGAACACUUUGUAUAAAUAUAAAGCCUGUGAAUACUGCUUACGUGCUUUGGAGACUGCAGAGGGGAAUGCGAGAAGACUUAGCGGCAUCCCCGGACUCAGCCUUCCUCAUCCUGAGCUGUGCCGUGUACGCCCAGAACAGCAUCAAGCGUGCCCUCAGUGCCAGGUGAUGUACUGCAGCAGCGAGUGUCGACAGGCAGCGGCAGAUCAGUACCAUCGGGCUCUGUGUCUGGGUCCCUCUGAAGAUGAUCCCGAUCACCCCAUCAACAAGCUCAAAGAUGCGUGGAAGAGUAUGCAUUAUCCCCCUGAGACCUCCAGCAUCAUGCUUAUGGCCAAAAUGGUAGCUAUGGUAAAACAGGCCAAAGAUAAAGCACACUUGCAGAAGCUGUUUACUCAUUUCUGCAGCCGGACAGCCAAUGAGGAAGAGGAGAUCGCCCAUAAGCUCCUAGGAGAACAGUUCAGAGGGCAGUUGGCCUUGCUGCACAGCCUUUUUAGAGAAGCACUUUAUGACGACCAUCUCAGCCGGUGGUUUGUCCCUGAGGGUUUCCGUUCUCUAUUUGCUUUGGUGGGGACCAACGGACAAGGCAUUGGCACCAGCUCUCUGAGCCAGUGGGUUCAUGCCUGUGAUGCACUUGAGCUUCCUGCCCAGCAGAGGGAGCAUUUGGACUCUUUUAUUGACCAGCUGUACAAGGACAUUGAAAAAGAAACCGGAGACUUUCUAAACUGCGAGGGAUCUGGACUCUUUCUGCUUCAAAGCUCAUGUAACCACAGCUGCAUACCCAACGCAGAGGCGUCGUUCCCCGACAACAAUUUCCUCCUUCACCUCAGUGCCCUCUGUGACAUCAACCAGGGAGAGGAGAUUUGCAUCAGUUAUUUGGACUGCUGUCAGCGGGACCGAAGCCGACAUAGCAGACAUAAGAUUCUGAGGGAGAACUACCUGUUUGUCUGCUCGUGUCCAAAGUGCGUUUCCCAGAUGGAUGAAUUGGAUGUGACAUCCGAGGAGGAAGAGGAAGAAGAAGGUGUGGCAGAAGGUGAAACAGAGGGGGAUGAGAUGGAAGAUGAGAUGACAGAUGUCUGAUGAAAGACUUGACCAUAUUGUUCUCAGCCGCCUCCCAUUCCUGCCACCACGCUCAGCACCCAUAAAGCCCGGAAGAAUUAAGGACCAGUCCAGACUAUGAUCUGCAUUUCACUGGCCAAAUGUGUCUCAAUGUGUGUUGAAAAUGGCCUAUUGGCAACACAUUUCACCCAGUGCUUUAGAGAUCAGUCACAGAAAGUGUGUGUGUGUGUGUGUGUGUGUGUGUGUGUAAGGACUGAUGUUUUGCUUUUUUCUUUUUGGCUCCACUUCAGCACACUGGUGGUUUACAAUAAAACAAAGAAAAUGCAUGCCAUUUAAACCCAUGGGGACUUAAAACUGUCAAAUUGAUGUUUUGGAGCUGUUUUGAACUACUACUCUUCAAGGAUAACUAUACCCAAUCACAAAUAUUCGCUCUGGUUUAAGAAAAAGAGGUAAAAAUUCAAACCUUUAACCUUUAUAGUUUUCUGGCAUCAACUCCAAAUCAAUACAAAGUUUUUCUGGGUGGUUACCUUUGUCCUUGGAUUGCAAUCCUGAAGUAGGUGAUCUAUUCCAGGGUGAAAAUUUCCCAUCCUCAGGACGCAAGAGGCAUGUACUGCUGCCCUCACAAUCACCAGGUCUUCACACAGUUGCGCACACACACACACACACACACACACACACACACACACACACACACAUACUGGAGAGUUAGAGAGCACUUGUAAAAACCAUCAUCAAAACACCAAAUGAUGGGAUGCCUUUUGGAAGAAUGGCUUAUUUCCCUCCAGCAGAUUUCCAGGAAACUGGAGAAUUGAACUGGAGUUCUGGCAAACAUUCAUUAUUAUCUAUUGUUGUCAGCGCCACUGUCACAAUAGAAGUUUCAUUCACAGCUGAUGUAUACAAUAAGAGGAUAAGAGCGGCUUUAGCACAAGGUCAGGUCUAUAUCCUAUAGUGUAGUUAUUUUGUCUGUAAUCCAUUGUGUGGGAGUGAAGAGCCAAAGAAAAACUGUCAAAAUAUGGCGAUUGCAAUGUGUUUGACAUGUAAGUUCACUUAAUGUAACUCAUAACAAAUGUUUCCAUUUUCUAAAGACUCUUAAAGAAAACAAAGCAGUUAAGCAAAGGUCAGUUGGUUCAUAGGUGCUUCUGCUUUACCUAAUAUAUGUUUCUUACAUGACUAUGCAUACAGUGUUGUUCAGGCUUUUUAUUUAUAGGCCUAAUUACAGCCUUGUCAUAUGGGAGACAUCCAGCCGGUGAAUAUAUAGUUUGGUUUCCAUCCUUUGAUCUAUUGGGUUGAGUUAAACCUUACUUAAUGCAUUAUGGAGACCUUGAGUGGAAAAUUGCUUUGUCAGUAACUGUUUGCCCUUUGUUGAGAACUGUAUUUCAGACCACGGUUCCAUAUGAGUGAAAUUGCUGCUGCUGCUGCUGCUGCUGCUCUACGUGAAUCAAUAUUA